GAAAAACUGGAGCUUUGGAAGCCGUUGUGAUUAGUUAUAUAUAUAUUUAUACUUAUUACAAAGGUGAUAACAGCCAGCCAGUCAGUGGAUGGAGAUACCCUACAGGACCACUGAGUCCUCCACUUGGGGUCUGAGUGAAUUAUUUCGUGCACUGGGCUCAGAUCCUAUUGAGCCAGCUGAUAAGAGGCCCUUUCAAAGAUCAGGCCUGUUGAAGACCACACGGACAACAGAUGAGCUGCUGAUGCCGCCUGCUCUGAUAUCAAACCUCACAGCGCCCUCUGGUGGCCAUGCAUGACACUGCACUCGCACUGUGAUUCUCCUCCCGUCCAGAACUGUCUGAUCCGGGUGACGUCUCGCGGUCGCGAGGCCCUGGUCACGGACUUCGGCCUGGCCCGGGAGGUGGUGGAGCCGCCGGUUAAAGACCCCGGCAGGAAGCUGUCACUGGUGGGCUCGGCCUUCUGGAUGGCGCCAGAGAUGCUGCGAGGGGAGCCGUACGACCGCAAGUUCAUGACAACGCGGCCCGUCCCUUUGUUCCAGGUGGAUGUGUUCUCCUUGCAUCGUGCUCUGUGA